AUGGACAGUUUAAAUAAAACUAUAACCACCAUCUUCUUUAUUAUGGGCUUUGAGACCAUACGCAAUAUGGAAAUUUUCCUCUUUUCCCUUUUCUUGAGUAUGUACAUGUUAACAUUGGGGGCCCAUUUUCUUAUCAUCACCCUUGUGCUUCUGGAACGUCAUCUUCAUAAACCAAUGUAUCUCCUCUUGGCCAAUUUCUCCUUGGUGGAAGUCCUGUACACCACGGUGACCGUACCUAAGAUGCUUGAUGCGCUCUUGACCAGAAACAAAGAGAUUUACUCAUCUUCUUGUCUCGUUCAGUUUUAUUUUUUCUUUGCUUUUGGUGCCGCUGAGAAUUGCUUCCUGGUAGUUAUGGGCUAUGACCGGUAUGUAGCCAUCUGUCGACCACUGCACUACAGUACAUUGAUGACUAAGAAGAUGGCAGUAGGACUGGCAUGUGGACCAUGGGUUGUAGGUUUCUUAACCGCUGCUUGCCCUGCAGUAUGGAUCUCCACUCUUAGCUUCUGCUUCCCAAACUAUAUCGACCAUUUCUUUUGUGACUAUUCUCCACUUUUGAAGCUAUCAUGUGAAGACACAUCCAACGGUGAGUUCACGUUUUCUGUGAUCUCCUGGAGUUUGACCCUCGGUUGCUUCUUUCUUAUUUUAAUCUCUUAUGCCUUCAUCAUUCAGUCUGUUCUUAAGAUUCCAUCUGUCGAAGGGCAGAAUAAAGCUUUCAAUACCUGCGCGUCCCACCUCACCGUCGUAUUAAUCUUUAACGGCACAAUAAUCUUUAUGUACAUACGGCCGAACUCCCACGUCAGAUUCACACUUGACAAGGUGGUGUCAAUAUUCUACUGCGUGGUGACCCCAGUUAUGAACCCCAUGAUAUAUUGUUUGAGGAACAAAGAGGUAAAAGAGGCCCUCAAAAAAGCUCUUCAAAGACGAGUGAUGAUAUGA